UCUCCCACAUUUCCACAUUGCCACGUUCCCACCUUCCUGACCAGGCCAAUCCGGUCCAGCUUGGCUUUCGUUGCCAAUUUCCAUAGUUCGCAGCUGAAGCUGCUGCCGUGCCAGUCAAAGUCAGCACGUUAAAUAAUCGAUUACCGCCCGUCAGGCGGCCAGAGAACGGAAAGUUUGAAAAGGACAAGGCUGCACAAAGUCGAGUGUGAUUUUAGGACGGACAACAGCUUAAUUUUGUGCUGCUCUGGUAGGGAUACAACAACUUAAUAUUUUAAAUAAGAUUCCAUGAAGUUUUCGGGGCUUGUUGUUAGGGGGACAAAUACUGCUUUAUUAAAAAGGUCUUAAGAAUUAGAAAUACAAAAGCUUAAAUUAAAAAAGAAAACUUGUUAACCGAAAUAAGUAUUAGCUAAUUUAACUUUUCAUUAUCCAACACCAAGCAUUGGCUUUUUCCUACACUAAAGCAAAUGUCAAGUUAGUCAUAGUUUGCUUUGCUGUGUUACUUGUUAUGAGCUGAAAAUUUGUAAUAAUUUUUGUGUUCAAUUUGUAUACCAUUUGGCAAUUUGGCCAGUGCAGUUUUUUACACUCCCAUUACACUUAACAAUUCACUUGGCAGCUUAGUUAGUACUCAACAGAAAUGGAAGGACUGCAGUUGAGUUUUUUUCUAAGCCAGAUUUUGUUUCUCAGAAGUAUUCUGGGCAUAGACUUCUGUGAUGUUAAGUCCUGCCAUGGCAAGAGGCAUAUAGGAUGUGAUAACACCAUGAUGUUCGAUGACAGCUGUCUGCGUUACCACAGUCUGGUAAAUAUGCAGUUUUUUAGGCAGUAUUUACUGGGUCUCCACAACGAAUAUCGGCAGGAGGUGGCCAGCAGCGUGUAUGCAGACCUGCCACCUGCCCAAAACAUGCCCGAGUUGGUGUGGGACGAUUACCUGUCGGUGGUGGCCGAAUAUCACCUGAAACGUUGCCAAAGGGAAGUUCCUGAUGACUUGUGCCUGGCCACCGAUGACUUCGCCGAUCCCCAUUUCAACUACGCCGAGGAUUUCUAUCCAAGACCACGGAUUCGCCAGUCAAACGUGCGCGAGAUGACAAUUCUAUCGGAACAAUGGAUGGAUGAGCUAUUCGAUUUGGACGAUAUCAGCACGGAGAAUGCGGAAAGCGAGAUCGGAAAUAUUAUAAACGAUAAGAGCUCUUACAUGGGUUGUGCCGCUGGCCGGGACUUCGAUCUGUGGAACAUACACUUCGUCCUUGUCUGCUACUACAGCUCAGGACCUCCUGAGAAGGGAAGUCUCUACGAGGAGGGCCUUUUCAAUGCCAGCCUCUGUCCCCACGGACAAAGUGAUGAGUACCCCAACCUUUGCAAAACACUGACCCUGAAUGACUAAGUCGCAGCAUCUCCGGCCAAAUAAAUAUUGCAAAGGCUUUGGGUAUAAUUAAAUGUGCGAGUCACUUGGGCCAGUGCUGAACUGUUGAAUUCUCUUAUAGCUGGAAAUCAAUUGGUUGUUGUUAACCAAAAGUUAAUAACUUUAGAAA